GGCUAUUUCCUUUUGCAGCGUUUCCCCCGUGGACGCCAGACAGAAGAAAAGCACAAAAUACAGACAUUUCUCGCAAUUAAGUCUUUCUUCUUCUUUUUCUUGUUUCUCGUAACCCUCAGAAAUUACCGAUCGCCACAUCAAUGGCGGUCAGGAGGCGCGAAGCUCCGAAGGCCGGCGGGGUUAACCCGAAUCCGAAUGCUAGCACGAAGGUGUGGCUCUUUUCUUUGCUGCUGACGCUUCAGUACGGUGCUCAGCCUCUCAUCUCCAAACGUUGUACCAGUCGAGAAGUUAUAGUGACUUCAUCUGUUCUGGCAUGUGAGGUGGUUAAGGUGAUCUCUGCUAUCAUGCUUUUAGCGAAAGAUGGAAGCUUGAGAAAGACAUUCAAAGACUGGACUUUGAUUGGCUCUUUAACUGCAUCAGGACUUCCGGCUGCCAUCUAUGCGCUGCAGAAUAGCUUGUUGCAGAUCUCAUAUAGAAAUCUUGAUUCACUCACAUUCUCAAUGUUGAACCAGACGAAACUCUUUUUCACAGCAUUGUUUACUUUUAUCAUAUUAAGGCAGAGGCAGUCAAUUCAACAGAUUGGGGCUUUGUUCUUGUUGAUAAUUGCUGCAAUCCUUCUUAGCAUUGGUGAAGGCUCAAGUAAAGCAUCUAGUUCACGUAAUCCAGAUGAAAUCUUAUUCUAUGGGAUUAUUCCGGUCCUGGUAGCUUCUGUACUUUCCGGUCUGGCCUCGGCUCUGUGUCAGUGGGCUUCUCAAGUCAAGAAACAUGCAUCUUACUUAAUGACUGUGGAGAUGUCUAUAAUUGGGAGCCUUUGCUUAGUGGCUAGCGCAUACAAGUCUCCAGAUGGUUCGGCUAUCAGACAACAUGGCUUCUUUUAUGGGUGGACUCCUUUGACUUGGAUUCCUGUUAUACUCAAUGCUGUUGGUGGAAUUCUUGUUGGUCUUGUGACAAGUUAUGCUGGUGGUGUCCGAAAGGGAUUUGUCAUUGUUUCUGCCCUUCUGGUCACUGCCCUUCUUCAAUACAUUUUCGAUGGAAAACCACCUUCACCGUACUGUCUUGUGGCUCUCCCGUUGGUUGUCACUAGCAUAUCGAUCUACCAAAAGUACCCAUACCGUGUCAGAAAGAAGGAAUUAUGAGUUAAAAAGACAAGCUAUAACAUUAAGGGGGGAAAGGUUGCUUUUAUACAUCAUUAGUUUGAAUUCAUGUGUAUCGAAACAUCAGAAGAGUGAGGAAAAUCGCUCGAAAUUUUUAAUGAGCCAACUUUUUCCUCUUAGGGCAAGGAUAUUGAACUAUUGAAGAGGGCAUGGCAUUCUGUUGCUUGCUUUCCUUCAUUUGUUCUUCCUCAUAGUAAAUGUUGUGACAUUGAUAUCUAAUCCAGCAUGAUACAUGCAUCAUAAUGUGCAAUUGGCUGACUCACCUUCAGUGUUUGUAUGUUGCUGGAAAUAAUAGAGAAUGAUGUGAGAUUUAUCAAUUUCUAUUUCGGAUGUA